AUGAAAAGUGCUUGUAAUCAGUUCAAUCAGCAGUAUUCACUGAAACAUUGCAGCAAUUGUAUAAGCGCUCACGAUGAUCUCAUGAUGUUCACUAUGGAUCCUUUGAAUACACUUGAGCAAGAAGAUGAAUGUUCAAUACCAGCCAAGUCCGAUUUAUCGACAAAGUUGAUAAGUCACACAAACUCAAAGAAAAUGUUCGAUAUAACGGAAUUGCUUGGCUCACCAUCACUCGAUGAACGCCAGGAAAUAUGUGAUUGGUUCGAAAAACUUCAACCUAUAUCAACCAGUUCGCCAAGUCUGUGUGUUGUGGAUUAUCUACGUGCUCAAACCUUAAAACACGAUCAAGACAUUCAAUGGCAGAUUGAACAAAAUCGUUUAAAAUAUGAUUCCAAACAACUCUCGCCAAGUGAUUACUUAACACGUCAAUCUCUUUAUAAUCGACCAGUAGCUUUUGAAAAAGACUCACGUACAUGGGCGCGUAGCCUUCUCGACAAUUUCAAGAAAACAUCGUCGACAUCGAUCAACUACUCUCACAUGAAAACAUCUUCAUCCUUCGAUCAACAUAUUCAAUACCUCGAACACUUAAAUGAAUGUAAUGAUUAUCCAGCUUAUUUGGAAUAUUUAAAUGAAAAUCGUUCGCAACUGUUCUACACUCUGACAGAUUCACUGGAUAUCAUCGAUGGUCUUCUUGGGACUAUUGUUUCAUCGUUUUGA